GCUGCUUUAGUCUCGACAGGUGGUGUUUAUUGUAUCAUUUUUUAUCUUUGGGAUUAGUUUCAAAGACUAAAUAAACACACAGUAUCUCUCUCUGUGUGUAGGUGUGUGUGUGUGUGUCCAUGUGUGUGUGUGAGUCAGGUGGAAAGGGAGGGUGUUUCGGUAUGUUAGGCAGCCACACGGAAGUAUGCUUCCAGCGCGUGCAGCGUGCUGAAAUGACAGUAGGCGGUUGUCAGCUGUUCACAGCUGGUCCUUCAUCAUGGCACCCAAAGACCCUCUACUCGGCACCCUCAAAGUGUGUGUGCUCAACCUGCAGUCAGAUGGAGACACGGUGACUGACAGCAACCCUCAUCUCGCGUCCUGCUGUGAGCUUCUUGAGCUGGUCCUCAGAAAAGGGCUCCAACAGCCAGUUCUUAGUUUAGUACCCAGAGACUACUGGCAGUGUUUUGAGCAGCUUCCCCACCAAGAUGCCUGUGGCAGGCUGUCUGCUCUGUCUUUGGCAGUGGAGCAGACAAGAGUUUGCAGUAAACUGCUCUCAGCUCAAGGCCGAGGUCGUUACCUACUCAGACUGGCUCUCAGUCGCAAGGUCCUGCCACAGUUCAUCACACACCUGCUGCACACACCCAGAAUCCUGGAGUGGUACAGCCCAGCUGUUUCAAUCCUUAGAAAUGAGGAAUUUGUGGAGCCUUUCAUGUCGCUGCUGCUAGUCCUCUCUCACAUGGAGUUCAAACUGGACAUGGAGAACUGCAGUUUUCUGGAUGAGAGCUGGCUUCUACCGGUGUGUGAAAUAUAUGAAGUGGUGCCAUGUCGGGAGUUGGGGAUGGUGUUGAGGUAUCUCAGCGGGCGCGUCUUCAUCCUCGAGCUGAUGCCCGGUUGCCAGGCUCACGUCGACAAGUUCACCUCCCCCGGCGACAUCAUUGAUGAGGUCAACGGCACCUCGCUGAGGAAUUCAAAGAACGGACAGGCAGGCACGGUUCUGUCUCGACUGAGGGGCCGUCCUCUGUCCAUGCGUAUCCUGCGAUGGCGGGCCCAUGACGGGACGGUGUAUCGGCCCCUCAUCAAACUCCUGCGGGCCCUGAGGGUGGAGAACCCAAAGCUGCAGCUCGGCCCUGCUCCCUCCCAGCAGUCGACCGCCAAAGACCAGGAGCAUUCCCCGUCACAGUGUCUUAAAGAAGGAAGGAUUGUGUACAUUGUGCAGUUCUUGGGAAAAACAAACAUCGGAUUGUUUGGAGGAAAGGAGGUGCUUCAGCAUGCUAUUCCACAAGUGCUGCAGAAAAACGAGCCCAGCAAGGAAAUGCUUUUAGAUUUGAAGGAAACUCAUCUGACGUGUACAGACAGAAACAGUAAAUCUGAGCUGUUUGAACAUCACUAUCCAGAGAUCUCAUGUGUAGGGAGGUAUGGUCAACCAGACUACACAAUAUUUGCCUUCUGUGUUGCAGACUCCCCAGAAACCCCUCAGACAACAGGCUUCUGCUGUGUGGUGCUCCAAGCCAGCACCAUGAAGGAGUGUGAAGAGAUUGUGUGCCGUGUUGCUACUGGUUUCAAGCACACAGAGUGGUUUGUAUGACAAAUCAACAGUGGGGAAUAUUUGUGUUGUAAAUAAAAGUGUAAAAAAGUA